CAGUUGGAAUUGAAGACUAUUACGAGUCAUGCCGUGUGUUUACUUUUGAAACAAGUGGCUGGUUUAGUGUGAUGUACAUUACAAAAUAAUAAUUUAUAUUGCGCGGAUUUCAUAGUGUUUUCAUCGGUUCAGUAUAGUGUGUUACAUAGAUGGCGAUUGCACAUUGAGUGCGAUCAACUAAAACAAAACAACCACAAUAAACGGAUCAAGUUGUUAGUGUUUGUUCGAAUUAAAUGCAACAAGCAGCGUGUGAAUUUAGUGCAAAUAUAGAUCAACCGAUUGGUUUUUUGUUUUGUUUGUUUGUUAGUGAUUCGGUUUCAAUUUGAAUAAAGAAUAAAAUGGUGCAGAUAGUGCUAAUACCGACAGCUGAGCAAAUUAGUGAACUGAGGAAAUUAUUUUUUGAAAAAUUGGAUAAAGAGGGACCUCCAACGACAUGCGCGGGCGGCUUCCAUCCGAACGACAUAGAACGUGUGGAGAAAGUCGACAUAUGGCUGCAACGGUUCUUGGAACAGAAUGACUUAGACAUGAAAGCGUCUUUGAAGCAAUUAUGGGACACUUGCGAAUGGCGUCAGACAUUCGGAACAAACGACAUUACCGAAUCAUCCAUAAAUAUGGACUAUGUGAAUGUUGGCGAUUGUUUUCCACGAAAUCACGACAUCGAGGGCAAGAUGAUGUUGAUUUACCGAUCCGUAUUGCAUGUGAAGGGUAAACGCGACACGAAAGAACUGAUCCGCAUAUUCGUUUACUGGAUUGAACGAAUGUACCGGAACAAUAAUUUCGAUCCGAUCACCAUCCUCUUCGAUUUGGCCGAUUGUGGACUGAAAAACUUGGACAUGGAUUACACCAUCAAUGUCGUCAACAUACUGAAGUCGUACUAUCCGAAUGCGGUGAAUUACAUUCUGAUCUAUGAUAUGCCAUGGAUGUUUGCAGCUGGUAUUAAGAUCAUCAAAUCAUUGUUGCCACCGAAAGCUGUUUCGACGAUGAAAUUUAUCGAUUCGAAGAACAUCGGAGAGUACAUUACUAGCGAGUGCAUGAUGAGAAGCUGGGGUGGUUUAGAUGAUUACACAUUCCAUUUCGAGCCGGAAGCACUGAGCAAACAAGUGCACUUUGCGAAUUUCAGUCCACCGGAAUCUCCAAUGUCCGAUCAAUUGGGAAACAAUUCGUUUAGCGAGAGAACAGAUGGUGCCAUGCUGCAGAUAAAUCCACAAGACGCCAUCUUAUUUACUAAAUCAGGGAACGAACUGGUUGGCAUGGUUGAAAUCACCAAUAUCAUUCAAGCACCUGUGACGUAUAAAAUAAAGACAACCUCUCCCGAGAAAUUCCGCGUCCGACCGAGUACCGGUAUUCUAGCGCCCGGUGCGAAUGCAGUCAUAAACGUAGUAUUACAGCAGGGUCACCAAGUGCCCGUACUGUCGAAAGAUAAAUUCCUCGUAAUGUGCAUGGAAUUGUCGUCAGAUGCCAGCACUACGUCGCACGACAUAGCCGAAUUGUGGAAGAAUACGUCGACCAACAGCAGCCAAGUGGAACAGCAUCGUUUGAAAUGUUGGACACCCACGUCUACCCAUUUACCGGGCGAUACCGUGAGGAAUGGCACUCUUUUCACUAAUUCGUUGGAGGGCGAUCGGCAGGCUUCUCAUUUUACAUCAACGGUGACACAACUGGUAACCACCACCAAUCGUUUGGAGUCUCAGAUGAAAUUUCAGCAAACACUGCAAUGGGUCACAUUGGUCGUUAUUUUGCUGUUGUCCGUUGCGAUUGUGUAUAUUCUCAAAAUGGAAAUUAAAAAUGCCAACGGAGAGUACUGCACGAGUAUGCAUCGAAAUUAGGUUUUGCUGUAGAAUUAGUGUAUCGGGCAGAGAGAGACUGUAAAUAUUUUUCUAUUUCUAUUUCUUUUUUUUUUCGCGUGUGAAUCAUUUAUCCAUCCGAGGCUAGAACCUCUUUACCAUUACAUAGCCCCGACGGAUGCUCUACGGUUUAUUUAUUUAAUUAAUUUUGUGAUGGCAAUAUUUUAAGUUCUUUUUUUGUACAUAUUGCUGUGGAAACUGAUGAGUCGUUUCUCCUAAUCAAAAAAAUAAGCAAAACAAAUAAAAAAUCAAACAAAACAAACUAAACUGUGUUACGUGUUGUUAUACCGCAAAAUCGAUCGAAGGAAGGAUCAGACACCAUAAAAGAAAAUCAAAAUCUAUUACGAAACUGCCGGUGAAGCAGUUAAGAGUCAAUUCGCCAAAACUUCGAACAGUCGGAAUUCAAGCCGACGUCGAUCCAAACGAGCUAUGGCUCAAAUUGUUGGAAAUUACAAUUGAAUAACUCUAAAAAGUGAAUGAACGUAGUAGUCAGUCUAAAUAAGAAGAAUAUAGUAAGCCUAGAUAAGUUUCUAAAACAUGUAAAUACGCCGUAUUUGUUCUAAAUAAA